AUGGCACGCUCAGUGCUGAGCUAUGCUCUCCACAAAUUUCAGACCGAGAAGGCUCAAAAGCUGAUGAGAAAGGCGAAAAAUACGACCGACCGUGAAUUGUUUGCGGCAUUUAACGCGGCCACCAAAAUAACCUCUGAGGAUCUGCAGCGCGAGUACAGCAGCGAGGAAGUGAAGUCCCUGUGUCUGCGUACCAAAGUACGCGUGAAAAUGCACUACUUCAACUCUGUGUGGGACGCCAAAUUAAAGCGGGAGAAGAAGGGACGCCUUGCGAAUAAGUCCGAUUCGGCGAUAAACGCCAUGCUCGUCAGAGCGACGAAAAAGGAAAAAUAUAAGCCCUAUACAGCCACACAAGUAACCCAGUACAAUCACAUAGCCAAGUGUGAGCUUAAAAGGAAGAAUAAUUUGCGAUUGGAUCGUUGGAAGCGAGAAAGGUGGACGUCACAGACAUUGACACGUUCUGAGCCGGAAUCACAUGGAAUCAAACCCGGAAAUGUUUCGGCUGGGCCGGCAUCUCCAUCGGCACGAUUUGAGCUGAAAUUGCCGGAUAUGCCUGUAUUAUAAAUGGAAUUACUUGCGCGACC